AUGCAACUCAAGCUACCAGAUACCCUGGGCCUGGGAUCCCUAUUUGCAAUGGCCCUCUCGCUCUUCUCCGGUGCUGAACAGCGCCGUCUAGUCACCCAUCAACCAGCCCAACCUCCUUCCUAUCCUCUCGCCGUCCGGAGCCCGUACCUCUCAGCAUGGAUGCCCAGCGACCAGGUCCAAACGCUACCAUAUGCAGAGCCGCAGUUCUGGGCCGGCCAGAGUCUCACUUGGUCCGUGAUGGCCCGUGUCGAUGGCCAGGCAUACAGCUUGAUGAGCGUGAAGAACCCAGGGGAUACCAAUAUUCGCCCGGCGGUUGUGCGGAGCGCGGAAUAUACGGCAACCCAUUCGGUGUUCACGCUUUCUGCUGGAAAGGUGGUUUUUACAUUGGACUUCUUUUCGCCAGUGUCGCCUUCGGAUUAUUUGCGGCAGUCGCUUCCGUUCAGCUAUUUGACCGUAUCGGUGGCGGGAGCUUCCUCGAAUGAUAUCCAGAUCUAUUCGAGUAUCGACGGGAGGUGGACCGGAAAACCAAGCGGUACGGUACGAAGCUUCGAACAAUCAGGAUCAACGGCCAUAUACUCUCUGGCUGUGGAAAAUGCUUCUCUGUAUGCUGAGGAUAGUGACAUGGCUACUUGGGGACAAGCGAUCUUGGCCUCGCGCCCGACUUCCUCAUCCACACUUUCUGCGGGCUCAGGUAAACGGGGAGAGCUGCGCUCCCAGUUUGUGAGAAACGGGAAGCUGGCUGGAAAUGACGGGCCAUGGUUUCGUGGGGGUAUUGUCGCUUUGGCCCAUGAUUUGGGAAAGGUUACAGGCCAACAGUCGGUGAACUUCGCAGUCGGCUACGUGCGAGAACAAGCAAUCAGCUAUCUGGGCAAGGCUUAUACAGGAUACUACCGAGCCAAUUAUCCGUUGACGUCUCAGGCUGUAUCACAUUUUUUGGACGAUUAUCCGGGUGCACUGGCAGAAUCACAAAUUCUAGAUUCGGCAAUGACUGCGCAAGCUAAGAAGGCCGCUGGUCAGAAAUACGCAGACAUCGUCACUUUGUCCACGCGUCAGGCGUAUGGAGCCAUCGAUGUCACCAUCCCGGACGACACAAAGGAUCCUCAUGAUGUGCUGGCUUUCAUCAAAGAGCUCUCUAGCAAUGGAAAUCUCAACACGGUGGAUGUUAUUAUGCCCGCUUUCCCCAUCUACUACGUUCUGGACCCGGACUAUAUCCGAUUGUUGCUCGAGCCGAUGAUGCGGUACCUUGCUGCUGGCCGCUGGCGUUGGCCAUACACCAUCCACGACAUGGGUGCGCACUAUCCGAAUGCGACAGGCCAUGAUGACCAGAAAGCGGAGCCGAUGCCCAUUGAAGAAUGCGGCAACCUAAUGGUUCUUGCUCUCGCUUAUGUGCAAGCGACAGGCGACACGAACUGGACGAGUCGAUACCAGGACGUGAUCCAGCCGUAUGCGGACUAUCUCGUCGACAAUAGCGUCAACAUUGCGGAGCAGCUGUCUUCGAAUGACGCAGCCGGGCCUCUUGCGAAUGAGACCAACCUUGCCAUUAAAGCUGCAGUCGGUCUGAAGGCUUUCGGGGAAUUGACUGGGCUCAAGGAAUAUUCUAUCAUUGGUGACGAGCGGGCCACGCUAUUCUUCAACCAGGGUCUUGGGACAGACAGCAAGAAGACCCAUUUCGUGCUGCAAUACCCAGAACAGCCUGACUCCUGGAAGAUCCCAUACAAUAUCUAUCCCGACGUGCUUUUCAAUCUUGGAACCUUCCCCAAAGCCGCAUACGAGAUGUCAAACACGUUCUUCAAGUCCGUUCGCUCCGAAUACGGCGUUCCUCUGGACAACCGGCAGGAUUGGGCGAAAUCUGACUGGAACAUGUGGCUGGCGGGUACGUUUGACAAGAGUACGCGCGAUGAGUUUGUCGAUGAUUUGUGGGCAUUCAUGACAAAUGGCCAGCACAACUGGCCUUUUUCAGAUCGGUAUAUUGCCACCUCUGCCCUAGGGAAUACCCCUGGUGUCCCAGUUCUGUGUCGAGCUCGUCCAACAGUUGGUGGACACUUUGCGUUGAUGGCAUUGCAGGGUCCAAAGUCUUUGCAGCAGGCCAUGUUGAGCGCUGAAAGGGAGGAAUACAAUGACCUGUAUUUCUUUGAGGUCAAAGGAGAGGAGCUGUGA